AUGGAGUACCCUGCAUUUCUCAGCGACAGCGAAAGCAGUGGCGAUGACGACUUUGUCAUCGCCCUGAUCCUUCGUAACAUGUCAGCUGCGAGCGAUCAUUCACGGCGAUGGCGCCAAGGCUCCCGCCGAGGCAAGAGGCCCAACAUAGAACGCAAUCGUGCACAGUACGACAAGCUGUUGAUGGCGGAUUACUUCAACCCAGUGCCAACGUACGACGCCAGCCAUUUUAGACGACGAUUUCGACGAAAUGGUUUCUCAUCUUUGCAAAAGGUUGCUGCGUGUGUCCGAUACCUUGCAACGGGGUGUUCGCUCGACGACUUGGACGACAGGUACUAA